AUGAUCAUUGGUGAGAGCUCAAGACACGGUGAUGAUCAGUUGUACUCCCAGAAAAGGCUUAUUAAGGUUUCACUGGAGGCACUUGGGUCUGCCGCCUAUGCCCCUGGCAACUCUACUAGAUCCCAACAUUCCCAUGAAAGUUCUUUACCUGCUACACUGUCACUGAUAUUUGGCAAUGUAGAUAAAUUGGGAGGUGACAUUUAUCAUUCAGCUGUGACUGUUAUGAGUGAGAUAAUCCACAAAGACCCAACAUGUUUUCCUGCUCUGGAUGAUUUGGGUCUUCCAGCUGCCUUUUUAUCAUCGGAGGUAGCUGGUAUACUGCCUUCGUCAAAGGCUCUAACAUGUGUUCCUAAUGGUCUUGGGGCCAUUUGCCUUAAUGCCAAAGGCUUAGAGGCAGUGAAGGAAGCUUCAGCAUUACGGUUUCUUGUUGACAUUUUCACCAGUAAGAAAUAUGUUACAGCAAUGAAUGAUGCUAUUGUUCCUUUGGCAAAUGCUGUGGAAGAGCUUUUACGCCACGUAUCUUCUCUGAGAAGCACUGGUGUUGAUAUUAUCAUAGAAAUUGUUAAUAAGAUUGCUUCUUUUGGGGACAGUUUUGGAUCUUCCUCCAACUCUAGUAGAGUUUGUGGUGCGUUUGUGCGUCAGAGUGUUCCAAGUGCAGCUAAAGAUAGUAAUGCCACUGUAAUGCGUGAUAAAAGUGCUUCGAAAUUCAAUAAGCCUAAUUCUCCUAAUAGCAGAGCUACGGAUAUGCACAAAGUGCCAAGCUUUGGUCGAUCAAUUUCUGCUUCUUCUAAUGUCAGUGUUUUAGGUAAGAAGAGGAAGCCCAUGGAAGAAUGCAAGCGAUUGGUUUCAGAUGAGAAUGUGAUGGAACUUCCAAAAGAACUAGCAUGA